GGGCUCCAGAGGAACAGGGAAGCGGUCAGCUGGAGCUCCUCUGCGGAUCCUCCAUGGCUCAGGCAGCGGGCGCCGCGGACUCGGAUCCGGCCAGCAAGCGCCUACACUCCAGGAUGGAGGCGUCGUGUCUGGAGCUGGCGCUGGAGGGCGAGAGGCUGUGUAAAGCGGGCGAUUUUAAAGGCGGUACGGCGUUCUUCGAAGCCGCUGUUCAGGUGGGAACAGAAGAUCUCAAGACCCUCAGUGCCAUUUACAGCCAGCUGGGAAACGCAUACUUUUACCUGAAGGAGUAUGGUAAAGCCAUGGAGUACCACAGACAUGACCUGACACUCGCACGGACGAUCGGGGACCGUGUUGGAGAAGGGAAGGCCAGCGGGAAUCUGGGAAACACGCUGAAGGUUUUGGGCCAAUAUGAUGAAGCUGCGGUCUGCUGUCAGAGACACCUGGAUAUUUCUCAAGAGCAGGGAGACAAGGUGGGUGAAGCGCGGGCUCUGUAUAACAUAGGGAACGUGUUUCAUGCUAAAGGCAAGCAGCAGCUGUGGGGCGUCUGUCAGGAGCGUGGAGAUCUGCCUCCAGACGUCAGAGAAACACUGCAGAGAGCCACGGCCUUCUACGAGAUGAAUCUGUCUCUGGUGAAGGAUUUGGGGGAUCGGGCCGCUCAGGGAAGAGCUUUCGGGAACCUGGGUAACACUCAUUACCUGCUGGGCAACUUUGUGGAGGCCAUCAAGUUCCACCGAGAGCGUCUUGCCAUUGCGAAGGAGUUUGGCGAUAAAGCAGCAGAGCGAAGGGCUUACAGUAACCUGGGAAAUGCUCUGAUAUUCCUGGGCCAGUUCAGCGCCGCCACUGAAUACUACAGGUAAAUUACACUGCGACAGCGCCAUCUGCAGGACAGGGUGGGCGAGGGCCGGGCCUGUUGGAGUCUGGGUAAUGUGUAUGUGUCUCUGGGUAACCUGCGGCAGGCUCUCCAUUACUCACGCAGACACCUGGACAUCUCCAGAGAGAUCAGUGAUUGUAACGGAGAGCUGACGGCGAGGCUGAAUGUGGAGGAGCUGAUGGAGGCGCUCGGGGUUAAAGAGGACGAACUCUCGCCUACAGAACCACACUUUAAACUGCAGGGAGCCAGACCCAAACUCAGCAAGAAGAGCAGCAUGGAGAGUGUGGAGCUGUGGAAGUUCAGCGCUGAGAAGAAUGGGGAUGCAGCAGAUGUGUGUGUGUCGCGCAGCAGCAGGAGUCUUCAGUCAGCAGUGGACACUGAGGACAUCACUGUCAGCGUCACCCCCACGAAGCUGCCUCGAGAUCCGUCAGAUGAGGACUGCUUCUUUGACCUGUUGAGUAAGUUUCAGAGCAGCCGUAUGGAUGACCAGCGCUGUCAGCUGGACGAGACGCCCGACGGAGAAGAAGCCGGAGCCGAUCAGAACACACUCAAUGACAUGAUCGAUGCCAGUCUGCUGACGUCUCCUCAGACAGAAGAGCUGUUUGACCUGAUCGCCAGCACUCAGAGCCGCCGUCUGGAUGACCAGCGGGUGAACGUCAGUAAUCUGCCCGGACUCAGGAUUACCCACAAUAACCUGGGGCACCUGUGCGGAGACGGAGACCCUCAGGAGCCCAGCGACGACUUCUUCAACAUGCUCAUCAAGUGCCAGUCCUCCAGGAUAGAUGACCAGCGCUGCUCUCCUCCAGAAGGCGGUCCCCGCCCCGACAGUCCCGAUGAGGAUUUCUUCAGCCUCAUCCAGAGAGUGCAGGCCAAGCGGAUGGACGAGCAGCGCGUGCGGCUCCCGGAGGACCAGCAGGAGUCUGGGUAAACCUGCAGGAAAACCUGUGUGUGUG